AUGACCGCUCACCUGACUCAUCAUUUCUAUCGAAGAGCGCAAGAUUCAAUUGUUUUAGACCGCCAUGGCCAAUUUACACACGUCCUCCCAUGGGCAGCGCAACGUGGUCUGAUCAAUACCAUCCACAAUCUCAUCGAAAGCUACAAAAGUGAUAUACCAUCAGAAUCGAAAGACAUAUCCCUCUGUUACGCUGCACAGGCUGGAAUGUACGAUGCUGUCAAAAUCUUGAUUGCCAAAGGUGUAUCUCCUUCAUCGAAGGCAAAGAUACCUCGAAGACAUAGUGCACGAAACUAUGCUGUUUACAAUGCUCUGCUUGGGCUUGGUACGGAAAUGGAAUUUUCCGAACCAUCAGAAAGAUAUAUGCCGAGACAAUUAAGGAGUGCACUACAACUCGCAAUUGAGAAUAACCACGACAAUAUUGUUCAUCUCCUUUUAGAAAGUGGUGCAGAUGCCUCUGCUGAAGUUGGAGCUGAAGUGGGGGCUCCCGAUACUGCCUUACAAACAGCAAUUCGGUCUAACAAUGAGAAAUUGGUACGGCUGCUUUUAGACCGUGAAAUCACGCAGCCAGAACUGAAAGCGCUCAACACCGCAUUCGAAAUGUUGGAAUUGCACACCGCAGUACGGCGUGGGGAUUGGGGUCAAGUGGCGUUAUCCUUUCGAAGGGGAUUUGAUUUGGAGGCAGUCACUGGGCCGACAGUAUCACGUUAUGCCCCUAUUCCGUCUAUAUGUUCAAUCAUCCCUCUUCUACUAGAAAAGGGUGCAGAUUGCAAUAUUCCUACUUCUCCGAAGUCUCUUUUCACACCACUCCAUUAUGCAGCACAAGGCGCUCAUGAGGAAUUUGUGAGGUUACUCCUGGUUAAUGGCGCUAAAGUUAUGGUCACAAAUUAUCUCGGCUACACACCCCUUCAUUAUGCAGCAAAUUCAAAGGAGAGUGUGGAAGUUGUGAGGUUGCUGCUAGAUAAAGGCGCUGAUGCAAAUUCCCGUAAUCUUGUAAGCUGGACACCCCUUCAUUGUGCAGCAUCAUGUGGGAGCAAAGAAGUUGUGAGGUUACUGUUGGACAAUGGUGCUGAUGUUAUGGCCAUAACGGGUUCCUUUGCAACGCCCCUUCAUGCAGGAACAGAAGGUGGGAGUGGAGAUAUUGUGAGGAUGCUAUUGGAACGGGGUGCCAAUGUGAUGGCUCGGGCUGGGCGCAACAACACACCCCUUCAUCAAGCAGCAAUAUAUCCCAUAAAUGUCGAUGUUAUAAGGGCGUUGUUAGAUUUCGGCGCCGAUAUCAUGGCAGUGAACUUCAAUGAAGAGACACCACUCCAUCAUGCUGUAAUGCAGGCUAAUAAUACAGAUGUUGUGAGGCUACUGUUGGAUAAUGGCGCUGAUGUGAUGGCGGUGGAUAUGGAUCACUGUACACCACUUCAUUUUGCAGCAGAAUUUAAGAAUGGAGAUUCCGCGAAGGUGCUGCUGGAUAACGGCGCUGAUUUGAUGGCGGCGGAUGUUAAUCACCGCACACCCCUUCAUCAUGCGGUAGAUUAUGAGGGUGAAAAAGUUAUGAUGAUUUUGCUAGAGAAGGGUGCUGAUGUGAUGGCGGUGGAUGAUCAUCAUGAGACACCCCUUCAUUAUGCAGCACGUGUUGGGGGUGAAAGAGUUGUGAGGAUGCUGUUGGAAAAGGGUGCCAGUGUGAGUGCCCGCGAUGAUGACGGCUGGACACCCCUUCAUCAUGCUAUAGCCAAAGGUGGAUUCGAGGCUUCAAAGGUUGUGAAGGCGCUGAUAGAAUAUGGUGCUGAUAUGGAGGCUGAAGAUAACAAUGGGUUAAGCCCCAUGGAUCGAGUAGAAGGUGGAAGACUUGAACGAAUUUUUCAACAGGGAUCAGAAUUUAGAGGGUUCACAACCGAUGAGAGUGGUGAAUCUGGGAUGGACUUUUCUGAUGAAUCAGAGUUGGAGUACUGGUAG